AUGUUGCACCAAGAGCAGCACCAUAGACAAGUGAUGAGGAUGGAUCAAAAGAAGAGGGUGGAAAGGACAAGAUCAGCCAAAGAAGAAGAAGAAGUAAUUCUUGAGAUAGUGGAUAUGAGUGGCAUGGCUUUGAAAUCUAUGCCGGAUCCUUCUAUCAAUACAAGGUUCAUCUGCAAAUUAGAUCUCUCCAACAAUGAUCUACAGACUAUACCAGAGUCUUUAACAGCCAGACUACUAAACGUGAUGGUGUUAGAUGUGCACUCGAAUCAACUCAAGUCUCUACCAAACUCCAUUGGGUGCUUAUCAAAGCUCAAGACAUUGAACGUUUCUGGCAACAUGCUUCAAUCUUUUCCCAGAACCAUUGAAAAUUGCAGAUCACUGGAGGAGCUAAAUGCAAAUUUCAAUAAACUGACUCAACUACCAGACACUAUCGGAUUUGAACUGAUUAACCUCAAGAAACUCUUAGUCAACUGCAACAAGCUGGUCUUCCUCCCCAUGUCCACUUCCCACUUGACCAGCCUUCGAAUUCUUGAUGCUAGAUUAAACUGCCUUAGAUCUCUUCCUGAAGAUCUUGAAAAUCUAAUCAACCUCGAAGUCCUCAACGUUAGCCAAAAUUUCCAUUUCCUUGCAACCUUACCAUAUUCCAUCGGUCUUCUCUUGUCCCUUGUUGAAUUAGAUGUGAGUUACAAUAAUAUCACCACUUUGCCGGAGUCUAUAGGGUGUCUAAAGAAGCUUCAGAAGCUGAGAGCUGAAGGAAAUCCGCUCGUUUCGCCGCCGAUGGAUGUCAUGGAGCAAGGGUUACACGUAGUGAAAGGAUAUCUGUGUGAAAAGAUUAAUGGCAUGCAUAAUAACUCACCAAAGAAGACCUCAUGGUUUGGGAAGUUGGCAAGGUGUAGUACGUUCAAUGGUGCAAAUAUGCCUAGAGAAGAUGGUGAUAACUAUAUUAUGCAUAAUGAAAGAUCUAUUGACAGCCUUUCUUCUCCUAAAUAUUUGGGCAUGUUUUCUCCAAGAAGGCUCUUAUCACCUAGGUCCUACUUUUCAAGAUAA